CUGUUAUUUCCUCUCUGCCCACUGUCCCCAGUGCUGCACCAGUGCAAUGCCAGAGCUGCAACAUUAGCACCAUCAUUUUCCCAUUUUCACAACCCUUAAGUGGGGCAACCUGUCGUCUUUUUUUACUCUCCUUUCUUUUCUUUUCUUUAAGCAAGCUGCUGCGUUUUUUCGGACAUGCCUAACAUCGUGCUUUUUAGCGGGAGCUCGCACCACGACCUGUCCCAAAAAGUGGCUGAUAGGCUGGGACUGGACCUGGGAAAAGUGAUAACGAAGAAAUUCAGCAACCAGGAGACAUGUGUGGAAAUUGGCGAAAGCGUCCGCGGCGAGGACGUCUACAUUGUGCAGAGCGGCUGUGGAGAAAUCAACGACAACCUGAUGGAGCUGCUCAUCAUGAUCAAUGCUUGUAAGAUCGCCUCCUCGUCCCGCGUCACUGCCGUCAUCCCCUGCUUCCCCUACGCCCGGCAGGACAAGAAGGACAAGAGUCGAGCACCCAUCUCAGCCAAGCUGGUGGCAAACAUGUUGUCUGUGGCCGGCGCCGACCACAUCAUCACCAUGGACCUCCACGCCUCACAGAUCCAGGGCUUUUUCGACAUCGCUGUCGACAACCUUUACGCAGAGCCGGCUGUCCUGCAGUGGAUCAGAGAAAACAUCCCGGAGUGGAAAAAUUGUAUCAUUGUGUCUCCAGAUGCAGGUGGAGCAAAACGUGUGACGUCCAUCGCAGACCGUCUGAACGUGGACUUUGCUCUCAUCCACAAAGAGAGGAAGAAGGCCAACGAGGUGGACCGCAUGGUGCUGGUGGGUGACGUCAAGGACCGCGUGGCCAUCCUGGUGGACGACAUGGCCGACACCUGCGGAACCAUCUGCCACGCCGCCGACAAGCUGAUUGAUGCUGGAGCGAUAAAGGUGUACGCCAUCCUCACACACGGCAUCUUCUCCGGUCCGGCCAUCUCCCGCAUCAACAGCGCCCCGUUUGAGGCCGUGGUGGUGACCAACACCAUCCCACAGGAAGAGAAGAUGAAGGCGUGCCCGAAAAUACAGGUCAUCGACAUCUCCAUGAUCCUGGCCGAGGCGAUCAGGAGAACCCACAACGGCGAGUCAGUGUCCUACCUCUUCAGCCACGUACCUUUGUAAAGAACAGAGCCGGCGGCCUCCAGCUCUCUCUCUCGCUCUCUCCCCUCCUGUCGGGCUGCUCUGCUGGCACUUUCCGCCACAUAUCCUCCAGCAAGGCUCGAAAAAAAAAGGCCUGAUGGUUUUUGGCCAUGUGACUGUUUCAAGGUCACGUCCACAUAUUGUCUUUGACAUUCUCACCCAGGAGACAGAGGGAAACAUCACCUCCUUCUCUGAAGACCAAGUUUGUAUUUAUGAGUAUCUCUUCUUUUUUUCUUCCUGUUUAUUAUUUCCUCAUGAUCGGCACGGCCUUCACUUCAACCAAAGGCUCCGUUAUGUGUUAUUUGUACCUCAUGUUGAACUCACUUUGAAUGAAGCAUCCCUUAAUGUCUGAUUAGAAAUAUUUUGGCCCUUUUGGCUUCACAAAAUCAAAAAAAAGAUAAAAAUGUGAAAAAUUUUCUCCCUUAAGUGUUUGCUUUAACAGCACCUAAAAUAACAGAUUAACCCUGUACGAGCUAAUGCUAUAUGGAUUGUAAUGCUUAGUGCUAUUAUUGGAGCACAAGUGGAAAUGUGCCGACACAAAAAAUGAAACUUAAUUUACUCACUUUUUAUUUUUAGUGAGCGUCAUGAAUGUGCUGAAGCCUCGUACCUCUGCGGUGUCAUUCCUCCCUCAAAAAGCUGCUGUCGCCCAGUGGUGGCUCACCCCUACAGCAACCUUCUCCUUCAGUAAUUGUGCUUAAAAAAGAUAUGGAAUUAACUUUUCUAACUCUGACAGGUCUGUUGUUGAUUCAAAGUGUUGAGUACGAGGUGUUGUUGGGUGCUUCACCCAUAUUCCAAAAGGUCAUGAAAAGAAAUUGAGCCCAAAGCUUGUUAUAGUGUUUAAGGUUUCAGCAAUGAUGAAAAUGGUGUUAUUGUCAUCGUGUUUGAAUAAAACAGGUUUCACAUGUUGCCUGUAGCUGGAUUAAAAAAGAAAAAAAAAGAUGGGAAAGCGUGAUUUAAUUUUUUUUUUUAUAUAUGUAACACUUCGAACUGUUUCUUUGACAAUAAAGCUUUGACAAUGGCUUACA